UGCGCGCUCCCGUGUUCCCCCGGAUGCGUGUUUACUCAGUCUCCUCUCUCCAUCCUUGAAAUGAGAGAGGUACGGAGUAGAAGGGACAUCGUUUUGCAAGAAAACCUCCACGAACGGACAUCCAAGAUCAAGACCGUGCGGCAGACGAGGGCGAAGCGCGAAGAGUCCAGGUGUAGCGCGUGGAACAAUUGAUUCGACACCAAGGUCAAUUAUCUUCCUAUUAAAAAAAAAACUUCAGACACGGAGAAAUCACGAACCUCUGAGGAUGGAGCAGGCAUACGGGGCUGGCAAGGCUGGCGGCACCUUCGAUCCAAUCACGUUCUUUCAGCAGCCGCAGAUUAUUCUUCGAAUAGUGUCAUGGAUCUUUUCCAUUGUGAUCUUUGGAUGCAUUGCUAACGAGGGCUAUGUGAACCGUCCGGACGAGGUGGAGGAGUUUUGCAUCUUUAACCGCAACCAGAAUGCCUGCAACUAUGCCGUGGGUAUGGGAUCCCUGGCUUUCCUCUGCUGUGCUGUUUUUAUGGCACUGGACGUCUACUUUCCUCAGAUAAGCAGCGUUAAAGACCGCAAGAAGGCUGUAUUAGCUGAUAUUGGUGUUUCAGCCUUCUGGUCUUUCGUGUGGUUUGUGGGAUUCUGUUUCCUGGCCAAUCAGUGGCAGGUGGCUAAACCAGAAGAUAACCCACUGAAAGAGGGCAGAGACGCAGCCAGAGCAGCCAUCACCUUCGCCUUCUUCUCCAUAUUUACUUGGGCCGUUCAAGCUUUUUUCGCGUUCCAGAGGUACAAGUUAGGUGCGAGCUCAUCUCUCUUCUCUCAGGACUAUACUGAUCCCAGCCAGGAUCCCGCAGGAGUGCCUGCUGCAGGCACCGAGUACACUGGAUACAGCCCUGACAUGGAGGCCAAUUAUGACGGCUCUGGUGGAUACCAGAACCAAGACUACUAAAGUUGAGUAUAAGGAUGUACACAACAGCCUUAACAAGCUAGGCUGACUGGGUUACAUAGAGAAAACAAAAUAUUUAGGGUGAAAAGGAACUUAUUUUGGGGUAGAAUAUGGGGACCAAAGCAGGCUGACAGGAAUUCAGGGGUUUGUUUGGUGCUAAAGGUUGAUCAGAUUGAUUGAUCUAGAUGUGUGUCCAUGCUGGAUUAGUAAACUUUAUCCAGAUUUGUGAAAAUAAAUUUAAAUGAAACUAAUGGAACUUUGUCUAUAAAACAAUCAUAGGAACUAACUAGCUUAAUAUUGGCCAUACAGUCGAAGGGAGUAAACCUGACCAAACUAAAUAUUUCUAAAGACCACAGUGUCUUUUUGUAGGUAAAGUGUAGGCGCUUCAGUGGAAUAUAGGCUAUAUGUGACCCUGGAGCACAAAACCAGUCUUAAGUCGCUGGGGUAAAUUUCUAGCAAUAGCCAAAAAUGUAUUGUAUGGGUCAAAAUUAUUGAUUUUUCUUUUAUGCCAAAAAUUAUUAGUACAUUAAGUAAAUAUCAUGUUCCUUGAAGAUAUUUUGUUAAUUUCCUUAUAUAAAUAUAUUCAAAUGCAAUUUUUUGAUUAGCAAUAUGCAUUGCUUAGAACUUAAUUUGGACAACUUUAAAGGCGAUUUUCUCAAUAUUUUAGAUUUGUUUGCACCCUCAGAUUCCAGAUUUUCAAAUAGUUGUAUCUUUGUCAAAUAUUGUCCGAUCAUAACAAUACCAUACAUCAAUGAAAAGCUGACUAAUUCAGCUUUCAGGUGAUGUAUGAAUCUCAAUUUAAAAGAUUUGACCUUUAUUACUGGUUUUGUGGUCCAGGGUCACAUACUGUAUAUCAUUAACCCUUAACCUGUCACUAGAACAGAUACUGCAUUGAUAGCUCUCUGCUGCCAUUUUGUCAAUGCCCAGGGAUCUUAAAAGAUCAUUUUUAAUAGUAUCAUGUUCAGGAUUAAAUCAGUCUCUGCACUGUACCAAGAGAGAAACUGUAUGAUAUAGCCUGUAAUGUAAUACAGAGAGUGAAAAAUAUGGAGAAAAAAAAAAUUAGAUAAAUAUUUUGAAAGCUGCUCAACUGCAAGGUUUUUUUUUUUUUUUUUUUUUUUGAAGUUGUGCAGCUAUGAUUGCAUUAUUAAAGAUACGUUUCUUUACAGAAAGGCAACAUUUCAUAUGCACAGUGGUUGGACUCUUAAGCAACAUUAGCAUUAUGUCUGUAAUUACACAAAAUAUCAAACCAAUGUUGUUUAUUUUAAAGAAAGACAUCAUAGGCACACUU